CAGAUGAUUAAGAAGCCGGUGAGUGACAUUAACAGGAGGUGAGCUGCUAGGUGUCAGCCGCUUCCCUUCAUUUUCUCCUAUCUUCUCGUGGAUAGUGUAUUUUGUUUUUAACUGUAAAACCAUCUGUCUCGGCGGUGACCACCCAUUGAAGUGAGCAGCUGUCGCAUGGCCGACUGUAGGUAAAUGAUUAUGGACAGGAACAAUCGACUCGUUCUUAUCCACUACGCGGAGUGUUCGCGACUGUCAGUAUUUAUCGGAGAAAAUGCAGCGAAGCUUAAGCAUCAUUUCUCUCGGAUUUGUCGGUUGAUUUACACCCACUCACCAGAUUUCUGUCCAACGGGACGUCCAGCACAGCGUGUCGUCUGCGCCAUAGUCAGUGCUUCUGGAGUCAUCUCCCUUGUCUGCGCUCGGCCUCAGCAAACCAUCGCCGCCAUGCAUGAGUGCGCUCUGCUAUUCCUGGUGUGUGUGGUCCACUGUACUCAGGCUUUCCCAGUGGUCGAUUAUUAUGACAAUUUCGUCCGGCCGUCCUUCUCACUCGCGUCUUGUUACAAAAGGACCUGUAUCUACACUGGCUUUAAGUGUAUUCCUCAAUCACACAGUCAUCAGUGUUGCGUUGGUUUCUGCAACGAAACAACAAAAUUAUGUGACACAGUGAAGUGCAUGCCUCAAGGCGAGCGGUGUGACCGCGAAAUCUUUGACCCUGUGUGCUGUAGCGGAAACCCGUGCCCAGUGCAAACUGGGAUAUGUGAGUAGUCUUCAGCCAUCACCGACAACAGCGCUUCAGCUCCGCGGGUGGACAAAGCAAGAACUGUUUAUUCAUCCACGCAACAUGCAACUGGAAGGGGAUACUCGGACUGCUUAUUUUCACUACCUUGCUUAUUUUCCCCCCACGUGAGCGCGCGCGCGCGCACGCACACACACACAAAUCAACUCUUUGAUGUUUUCAUCAGCUGUCAUCACCGCAAGACUAUUAUUUCCUUCUCUGCCGCGAAAUCUACGGUACUCACCUGUUAGGUGAGGAAAGUUCAACAUCCCCGGAAUGCAAACAUUGUAUACUAAAGGGAACUUACAAGUUUAAUAAAGUGAUAAAAAAGAAAUGAUAUAUGGUCUCUUCAAUCUUCUUUUUCUCCAGAUCAUGUCUGUGCACAACGCCUCAGACCAGAAAUGUAAUUGUCGCUGGAAUUCCUUUUUUUAUUUACCU